AACAACAUGGCGGCUUAGUUAACUAUGUGUUUUAUUUGAUGCUGUUAAAUCACGGUACUAACCUGACUAGGUACAUCUAGUCUUAUGAGUGAUGCGAAUUUUGUCAAUCAAAGUAGUUUCAUCAUAAUCAGUUCGACGUAAGACAGUGACGAAUGAAUGGGAUCAUUUGCCAGCUGUCAAUGUGUCAUGACAAUGUCAUGACAUAAUUUCAUAUUCAUAAACAAACUUGGACUCUUGCCUUGGUUAGUUUUGUCCAUCAAGAAUAUUAACAUGAUUAUGGAUUAGGCAAUCAAGUUGCCUAUCUAUCAGGCCACCAUCGUGAGGAAGCAGUGCUGUGUUUGAAGCUUAUCCGGAUGCUAUCCAGAUGGUUAAAAUUCGUACACAGUUACCUCGUGGUCCUGUUCUGCCGCACCAUGUGCAGAACAGCAAAUCCACUGGGUUCACACUCAUCGAGAGAGUGGCCAAGCUAGUGAUAAAGACAAUUAUGAAUUUCUGGUAUAUGUGUGGAGUAGCAGUGCUCACCAUAUUCCUGUUAUAUCAAAUCAAUGGCCACCUAUCUAUAGGAGUGUUGCUUGUCUUUGCAAUCACGGCGUUGCUGUACAAUGCCUCUGACCUGCUUCUGUAUCACCCUGACCAGCCACCACACUCGAGGUUUUUCGUCGAGUCGCCGAGAAUGUACGGACUCUCGUUAUACGAGAAUAUUUUUAUACGCAGUAAGGAUGGAGUUCGUGUCAACAUGAUUUUGCUCAAGCAACCAGAGAACUAUUGUCAGCUGGUCCCGACAAUUGUUUACCUGCAUGGUAACGCAGGUAACAUCGGUCACAGGCUUCAGAAUGCUAAAGGUCUGUUCACACAGUGUGGCUGCAACGUGCUGCUGUUAGAAUGGAGGGGUUAUGGCAGGAGUGAAGGUGUGCCGUCGGAAGAAGGCAUCUACCACGACGCGCAGGCAGCCAUCGAUCUACUCCUUCAACGCCCCGACAUCGACCGCAAGAAGCUCAUCGUCUUCGGCCGGUCGCUAGGGGGCGCCGUCGCGAUCGACCUGUCCGCGCGUCCGUACUACUGUGAUAAGAUUCUGCUGACGGUGGUGGAGAACACGUUCACGAGCAUCCCUGACAUGGGCAGCAUCAUGCUGAAGAGCUCCUGGAUCAGAUGCCUUCCUCUCUGGUGCUUUAAGAACUUGUAUCAUUCCAAGUUGAAAAUCUCCAAAGUGAAGACACCGACUCUGUUCAUAUCGGGUCUCGCUGACCACCUGGUGCCUCCUGAGAUGAUUCGUGAACUAUAUGAGUUGUCAGGCAGUUCCAUCAAGCGGCUGCUGACUUUUGAAGGGGGGACUCACAACGAAACCUGGAUGUCUCCAGAUUACUACCUGAAGAUCAACAACUUCUUAGACGACACGAUAUUUUUGAUGGAAGAACUUCGUCGCAGCCAGCCACACUCCAGCGCCGACAUUUUCGAGUCGCCUCCCGCCGACGACGACGUGUUCGUACUGUGAUGUGCUCUUGUUUAGGCCCUCUAGUGGGCACUGCCUAGAUUGUACAGUGGGCACAGGAUGAUCUUGCUUGCAUCCUCGCAGUACAUGUGAGAAUUGAGAGCGGUUUGUUGUGGCACGUGUUGGGGAGCAUGGGGAAGAACAGUGACAGUUCAACACAGAUGUCCUCUCGGUGAUUUUUGCUUGUUCUCGCUUGAACGAAAUGAGAAAUCAGCUUGGCUCUAGAUGAACAUCGCUAAGUCGAAUUUUUUUCCUCGUUCCUUCGCAUUUAGAGCGUCAUAUGUCCAGUAACAUGGGGAUGGCGUGCCAGUUUGGAACACGGAUUUCUUUGCUAGUUCUAAUAUCGAUUAGAAUUGUUUUGGCCAAGAAAUGUAUAAUUUCAGUAUGGUACUGCAUCAGCAUAGGUUUUUGAGGUACGCUACUAUAGGUCUUUACUCUGGAUAAGCACAACAAUCCUUUACACUGUUUAUACAGUUGCUAUGGUUACCUAAAUCCGGAACUGAUCUGAUCUUGGCGACUUAUUUGGUCAGUCUGUUAAAAUAUCAAUAAAAACUGUUAAUUUUGA